AUGGUCCCAACACCGCUGAGGAGGAAAGAAGGCAGCUUCCGGUGUUGUGAGGGCGGCGAUAUGUUACCAGAUUUGGGUGUGAUGGGGUGUGAAGCAGGAGCAGCAAUGAGGAAAAUAAGGUCAAAUGGAGAUGUAAGAAUGGUCGGCAGAUGGUGUGCGACACCGGCGGAGGAGCGACAACAACUUCCAGUGGUACAACGAUUCGGAUCACAGAUCAAAAUCGAUGCUAAGAUCCACAAUAGAAAUCAUCCACACCCCUCUGUAACCAUGUCGUCGGAGGAAGAUGAAGUCGGUGAGGCGAUGUUCGUCGGUGGAAGAUGA